CAUAUUGCCACUUAAUCUCCACCAUAAAGAGCCGGUGCUUCUCUACCCUUUUUUGAAUUUGCAUCGACACGAUGUCACAAGAAGUCUACAGCGGCGGCGGUGGCAACGGUGGCGACGGUGCGGCCCCUCAGCUAUACUUCUGUUACCAAUGCAACCGUACGGUGUUCAUCAGACCUUCGCCUACAGCCUCCUCCGAACUCGUUUGUCCCAAUUGCAACGGUGGGUUCCUAGAGGAAUACGAAAACCCUAACCCUAGGCCGGAAACCCCAAAUCCUUUUCUUGCCUUCGAAGAUCCUUCCCCUUUCUCCUCCUUCUCCUCUGGCUUCCCGCUCGUUUUCUCUACCACUUCCCGUGCCGGCGCUGGGAGUGGCGAUUUCCAGAAUCCCAAUGAUCUAUCGGCACUCUUUGGUGGUCCGAUGUCUCGACCUGGAGGUGUCCAGAGCCCAGGAGAGUUUAAUCCUUUUGCAUUUCUACAGAAUUAUCUCAACACCUUACGAGCAGGUGGGGCGAACAUCCAGUUUGUUAUUGAAAACAACACAGAUGGAGAUCCGUCGGGGUUUCGUCUCCCAUCGAAUCUCGGUGAUUACUUCAUUGGUCCUGGGUUAGAACAAUUGAUUCAACAGCUUGCUGAAAACGAUCCUAAUCGAUAUGGCACCCCCCCUGCAUCAAAAUCAGCCGUCGAAAACCUUCCUAAUAUCAAGAUCACGAAACAGUUGUUGGAGUCAGAUUACUCCGAUUGUGCAGUUUGUAAAGACAGCUUUGAACUUGAUGAGGAGGCGAAACAGUUGCCAUGUAAGCACAUGUACCAUCAGGAUUGCAUUUUGCCGUGGUUGGAGCUGCAUAACUCCUGUCCUGUUUGCCGGUAUGAGUUGCCUACGGACGACCCAGAUUAUGAGAACAGGUCACGCCAAGCUUCUAGCGGUGGUGGUUCUUUAGGCGCUGCAGCGUCUGGUGGUGGUUCUCAGGAUAAUCCUCUGACACCAAGGACUCUGGAGAGGAGGUUUAGGAUAAACCUGCCAUGGCCUUUCACGGGAUCCAGUACGCCUGCUGAGACAAGCAAUAGUGGAGCAGGGAACAACAAUUCUGGAGACUCCAACCAGGGGAGUGGUGGUCACGCUAGACAAGAAGAUCUUGACUAAAGACAGGGUUAGAUUCUUGGAGACUGGAUUAUGAGGAGAUUUGUCUAGGAUACUUGGUAUAGAAUAUUACUUUUAGGUGAUUUUAGAUCUUAGUUGAGUAGUAGUUGUUUCCAAAUGGACUUUGAAUAUUGUGAAUUCAUUGUUUCUCAAUCAUUCGAUAGAUGUGUUCAAACCACAUUUUUUGUUAUUUCCAACUGGGGACUAUUUUAUUUCUGCACCCUCUUUUAUUUAUAAGAAAGUACAAGUUUCCAUGGGUAGUAUAUUAUUUGAAUAUAAAAUUAUUUGUAUGUAUGCAUAUAUAAUCACUUCUGAGUUCAAUGAUAUAUUUAUUGCUCCAUUUCUUCAA